UUUUUUUACAUGGAAGACUGACAUGUCUUCAUUUUAAGUAAAUAUUUGACUACCUGUCACAUGUUCCAGUUCCUGGCUAGGCAUGUCCUAGAUGAGAUUGGCUUUGGCCUCCAUCGCUGUCAAGAAAUAAGCGCGGCCAGCUCAACAUGGAACCGUGUGCCAGCUGGCACUGUUUCUCCCUCACUGGUUACUUCUCAUGGAUGGCUGCUGUGGCAGGAGUGACUGGUUCUUAAGUACUUGUUUUAGUAGCAUGUAAUUGUGCCUGUGCCUGAGUUCUCCCCACUUUUCUUAAUGGAAUCAGUGCUGUGAUCUGGAGGCCAAAGUAAAGGCCUGGAGGCCAGAACAGGUGAGAGCUCACAUCUCGGUCUGGGUCCACAGGUAGAAAUGGCAUGGACUGAAGAGUCGCUGAAGUUAGCUCUCAGUGACACUCGCACAGGCACACCUCCAAUCCUUUCCAACUGUUCCACUACUAGGGACCAAGUGCUCAGACAUGAGCCUAAGGGCACACUCUCAUUCACACAUGAGUUUGGGAAGGGCAUUAGCGCCAAGGACCAGUGCAACCUUACUAAGGGCUGUUAAGGUGACAGAGGUGAAAGAUUGUAGAAGUCGGUGUACAGACCACCUGGACAUUGCACACUGAUAUCCCAGACUGACUUCAGAUUCUGUGUAGCCAUGGCUGACCUCGGCUGUUAGGGUUAUAUAGUGUGGUUUCCCUUUUACGCUACGUAACUAGUUAAACAUUGCUGUGUCUCACUCCCCUGUGUCUCUGGGGUUUGGUUGAAAGAUUUCAGUUCUAAUCAAAUUCAAGUCAAUCCCACUACCCGAACUUUGAGGUACUGAGAUUUACACAGUAGGCUCAGAUUCCUGGUGUAAGUUCUUUUUAAGGUAUUCACAUUUUAGAACACUGGAGUACUGGUCAGGUAGGCCACCCUGUUCCCUAGACUGAAAACUGCAACUAAGAAGGCCUCUAGAGAACCCGUGAUGAGCAGAUACGCCCUCUAGUGGUUCUAUUAGACUAUACAGAAAUUGUGACUUGAGCCUUGCUUUGAAGCUCUACUGUCUAAACUUGGGAAUUAUGAUGUUAAAAGGUAGCCUAGGUUCCUCUUUAUCCUAACUGUGCAUGUUCACACUAGGUUUUUAUGUGUCCAUACGGACUAUCAGGAUUAUCGUGGCCUUGCUAAGUUGAGUGGUUGACUAAUGUGAGCUCGUGAAUGUCAAAAUACAGAAUUAACCAAGGUGGCAUAGAGCGUGGUGUAUCCAUGCUGUAGAACAUUUAACACUUGGCUAUUACAGCCGAACUGGGUUUUAUGGGAUGGUAUUUAGGGGGAACAGGCUUCAUCAUGUGUGCGUUACAGACAGACAUACUGGUUACAUAUAACAGAUGACCUCAUUUUUGUUUAAAAAGAAAGAAGUGGCAAGAACCUCAAACUCUUAGCUCAGGCAAUAUUGGUGUCAUUCAUCCAGGGAUUUAGAAGUAUGGGAGUUGAUAGUGUUAUUGCUAAGGAAAAUACAUGUUUGCGUGCGCGCGCGCGCGCACACACACACACACACACACACACACACACACACGGACCUGAGAUGAAAAAAAACCAGUGUGUAAUGUGUUAACAGUUGGAUCUCUAGUACAAAGGUGCAGUCCCUCACCUGAAUAGCUACAGAAGAUAACGGAACAGCUCAUUUCAGGGACUGCUUUUGGAGUUGGGUUUGCCUGUGGUUUUUUUGCUAGACUAGGAUGUGUUUACUUGGUAAUCUGCUUAUAAAUACAAGCCUGGACCUAAAGUGCUUAAGAUGUGAGGCGGUUGGAAUUUCUUUGUUUUACUAAGGAGAUUUUUCUCUCAUUCUAAGAAUUAAAAUCUUUUCCUCUUCAGCCCAAUUAUGUAUUAAUGGACAGUCUUUGUGAAAAGGCCUUUCUUUGAGGUCUACAAGCGGAAAUGAUUUGUUCUGAAAGAGCAUUCUUGACCGAUCACCAUUGCUGAGGGCUGCUUCAAAGGUGGUCUUGACUUUCCAAAAUGCUGAGUGAGGCUUCGGAUUUUAACAGCUCGGGCUCUAGGAGCGAAGGUUCUGUCUUUUCAAGGACUGAGCACAGCGUCAUAGCGGCUUACCUGAUUGUGGCAGGUAUCACGAGCAUUCUCAGCAACGUAGUAGUCCUGGGUAUCUUCAUCAAGUACAAGGAGCUGCGGACACCCACCAAUGCAGUGAUUAUCAACCUGGCUUUCACGGAUAUAGGGGUCAGUAGCAUCGGCUAUCCCAUGUCUGCGGCUUCAGAUCUGCAUGGAAGUUGGAAAUUUGGACAUGCAGGCUGUCAGUUCCAGGGAAGAAACGACAGGCAGGUGACUGGGUGCCUGUAUACAUGUCUUGUACCGCAUGUAUGCAAUGCUGGUGGAGCCAAGAGGAGGGCAGUGGAUCUCCUAAAGCUGACUCUACAGAUGGAUGUGAGUGACCAUGUGGUGAUGGGAAUUGAUCUCUGGGUCCUCUGGAAGAGCAGCCAGUGCUCUGAACUACUGAGCCAUCUCUCCACCCUCAGGGAUUCAUUCUUUAAGACGAGGUAUAAGAUUACUAAUCAUAAAAAAUUUCCCCAAUCCAAAGAAACAUACAAGGAGCAUUGGCAUUCAACCACAGAGAAAAGUAAUCUGCAUAUAAUUCAAAUAAAAUAUACACAUAACAAAUUUAAAUGUAUAUUCUCUUUUCAUUUCAGACAAAAUAUUUAAUCACAAUCAUAUUCUCUAAGAAAUACACUUGUUACCACAGUGAAUUUUUUUACUCUAGACGGCCCUUUGUGAGAAAUGUUAAUAGCUGUAUUUGCUGUUAUUUCUUUUGACAAGGAAAUGUAUUGGCAUUAAUUCACACUGGGACAGUAGGCAAACAACUGAGGUCAUGUUUUAGUAGCUUUAAUAGUCUGUUAUUCCAAGCCAAAACAAUAGAGGACAAAGUGAGAGAAAUGGAGAAUCCUGGGUGCUCUUAUGCAUACCAAUCACUUUCUAAAAUCUUUCUGACUUCCAGUUUGUACUUC